CCGCCGGAAACGGUAGUAGCCCUUGGUCUCCUUUGCCAAGUCCCGGUGUGCGGUCGGUGUAUCCGACACAAGGAAGUCAAGGUGGUACGAGGAAGCCAUUUUUGGGAACCUUUGAAGUUGGCAACGAUUGAAAUUUGCGUUGGAUGGGAUCCAUACAAGUUAUACAACAUGGCAUGUGUAUGGGCGGAGACUCCUUCGCGCCCGCUGAUGAGAGGCCAAGACCAACGAGCGAGCGACCUACAGUAUCUACAGUACGGUCUGGAAGUAAGCGCGGCGGUGUGUGUAUGUACUGUACGUAUGGGAAGGACUUGCAACUUGGCGCUUGGCUUAUAAGGGGAGAGGGACUUGCGACAGGACGACAACAUACGACUACCCACACGGCCAACCCAUCGUCUGCACGCAUCACCAGAAUGCUCGUCUCGACCGUCACCACCGCGGCUGCCGCCCUCCUUUUCAGCGGAGCCGUCCUCGCCGCUCCUGCCGACCCCGCUCCCAAGCAGCACUCAUGCCGCUGUCUGGCCUCCGACUCCAGCUGCUGGCCCAAAGCCGCCGACUUUGCUCGCCUGAAUGCCACCGUCUCUGGUCGCUUGAUCAGCAUUGCCCCCGCCGCUGCGGUGUGCUACCCGUCGUCCGCCAACUUCAACGCCGCUCAAUGCGCUUCCCUUCGUGCCAAUUCCACCAACCCCUACUUCAGAGGUGAUAUCCCGGGCGCCACGAUGCAUCUUAACCACGCUGGUGAUGCGAACGAAGUCAACGUAUGUCCCUUAGACAACACACUCACAGGCACUUGCGGGCAAGGCCGCGUCCCCGUGGUCGGUAUCGAAGCCAAGACCAAAAACGACAUCAAAGCCGCCGUCAACUUUGCCCGGAAGAACAACCUGAGGCUGGUCGUCAAGAACACCGGCCACGACUACUUUGGACGCAGCAGCGGCGCUGGCUCGUUCCUCCUCUGGACGCACCACAUGCGCGGGAUGGAUUUCCAUGAGAGUUUCGUGCCCCGCAAGUGCAGGAAAAAUGUCGGAAGUGCUGUCACCAUUCAGGCCGGCGAACAAUGGGCGAACGUCUACCCGGCGGCCGAAGCGAGGGGGCUUGCGGUGAUCGGAGGUGAGGCACGGACAGUGGGUUCAGUCGGUGGAUACCUGCAAGGAGGCGGUCACAGUCCCAUCUCCCGCACAUUCGGGCUCGCCGCCGACAACGCGAUCGAGUUCUCCGUCAUCACCGCCAACGGCAAUGAGGUGAUCGCCAACGAGUGCCAAAACACCGACCUCUUCUGGGCCCUCCGAGGCGGCGGCGGCGGCACAUUCGGCGUUGUCGCCUCCGCGACCGUCAAGACUCACCCAUCUCCAAAAACCGGCGCGGCCAUUGGGAGCAUCAGCAGCGCCGGCGCCGCCGACCCCCGCGCAGCCGGCAAAGCCCUCCUUCAACGCCUCAUCGACAUCCAACCCGCGCUCGACAAAGCAGGCGUCUCGGGAUACUACUCCCUCACCCCCGUCUCCGUCCUGUACAUCCUCUACCACCCCAACGGCACCAACGCCACCAUCGCCGAAGCACUCAAACCCCUCACCGAGUUCGUCGCCUCCUCCAACGGAACCUACGCCCAAGGCGGCGCCACCGUGUCCUUCCCAACCUACUACUCCGCCUACAACUUCCUCUCCUGCCGCACCUGGCCCCAAACCUGCACAGACACGGUCGGAACCUCCCUCGCCCUCGGAUCCCGCCUCAUCCCCACCACAACAUUCACAGACCCCGUCGCCAGCAAACAACUCGGGGGCGCCCUCUCCGACAUCCUCACCCAAAUGGGCUCCACACCCUUCAUGCUCGCCCAACUCGUCGCGGGCGGCAAAGUCGCCCAGCAGGACCCAGACGCACUGGGACUCAACCCGGCCUGGCGCAAAGCCCUCUGGCACGUCGUCAUCACAAAAGGAUGGACGGACGCCGCACCCGCCGCCGAGAUCGCGACCGCCAAAGCUGAAGUCACCCGUCUCACCCAGCUCAUGCGCGACGUCACUCCCGGGUCCGGCGCGUACUUUAACGAGGCGGAUGCGAACGAGCCGAACUACCGGGACGCGUUCUUUGGGAACCAUUAUGCGAAGCUGUUGAGCAUCAAGAAUCAGUAUGACCCGACCGGGUUAUUUGUGUGCAAGAAGUGUGUGGGGAGUGAGGGGUGGACUGACGACGGGAACUGCCGUGCGUAGAGGGGUUGGGACUGUAUACCAUCACUUGUGUGCUUAGGAUAGAUAGAUAGAUGAGUUGUUUCGCAUAUUUAAGUCCUGAUAAUGCCGAAAACAAACGUUGCUUCAACGUCCCCAUCGCACGGAGGGUAAUCAAACGAGCCCGCGAGCUAGCGUCGAUCAUUGUUGCGCAUAACCCCGUUUGGAGUACUGUACUGUACCUCAACCAACCCUCCCAGUUCGCCCAUUGCACAUGGAAACCUCACCACCCCGGCUGUCUCGCGGCCGCAUGCGAUCGCUGAGACGGGUCGGGGAAACCUGCGACGGAGCAAACCACCGGGAUAUUGGAGCCUAGACGUAGACGUAAAUCUACGUGAGGGACCAUGGCGUGGG